UUUCCUUUUCUCUGUCGUUCUGACGGUGGAACAUCAUGCCUCCUAAAACAGAUAAAGGAAAGAAGGACUCUGGGAAGUCCAAAAAGGACAAAGACCCAGUCAACAAAUCCGGAGGCAAAGCCAAGAAGAAGAAGUGGUCCAAGGGCAAAGUCAGGGACAAGCUCAACAACCUGGUUCUCUUCGACAAGGCCACCUACGACAAGCUGUACAAAGAAGUGCCUAAUUACAAACUCAUCACGCCCGCUGUGGUGUCUGAGAGGUUAAAGAUCCGAGGGUCUCUAGCUCGGGCCGCACUUCUGGAGCUGCUUGGCAAAGGCAUGAUCAAGUUGGUGUCUAAACACCGUGCUCAGGUGAUCUACACUCGCAACACCAAGGGAGGAGAUGAGGCGGCCACUGAGAAGGAGGCAUAAACAGGAAGUGCUUUUUGCAUCCAGUUGUCUGUAAAUGUUCAGUAAAUAAAGGUCAUAAAAUAUUA